AUGGGUAGUGAUGCUAUUUACAACCAACCUGUGGUGCUCGAUAACGGAUCCUCUGUGAUCAAGUCAGGAUUCAGUGGCCAGAAUAAACCUCAAUGCUUUGAAUACAACUUAAUUGGAACACCCAAAUAUGAAAAAGUCAUGCUAACUAAUGCAAUUAGUAAUAACGAUUUGACCUAUAUUGGAAACAGGGCACAGAAGUCUAGGGGAUUGCUACGACUUCGACAUCCGAUGAACCGUGGAAUAGUUGAAAAUUGGGACGAUAUGGAAACGUUAUGGUCACAUACAUUCAACGAUAUUUUGAAAAUAAAUGAUUUUGACGAACAUCCUCUAUUAAUUACAGAGGCACCGUUGAAUCCGGAAAAGAAUAGGGAUAAGAUGUGUGAGGUAUUCUUCGAGAAGUUCGAUUUUGCUGCUGUAUACAUAGCCAAUCCUUCUACUCUCUCCCUAUAUGCAAGCGGUAGGACAACAGGAUGUGUUCUAGAUUGUGGGGAUGGGUAUUGCAGUUCAGUUCCUAUUUAUGAAGGAUUUGCCUUGCCAUCGUCGAUAAGAAGAAUUGAUGUUGGAGGCAGAGACGUUACUGAACAAUUGCAAUUCCAAAUACGGAAAUAUACCGGUAUAUCGUUGUAUUCCAGUAGUGAACAUGAAAUUGUGAAAAAUGUAAAAGAAAAGGCAUGCUAUGUGUCUACAGAUUUUGCUCACGAUGAAGAUAUGUCGAAUUUAAAUCCCGAGAAAAUACGUUGUCAAUUUAAACUACCAGAUGGUAAAGAUUUAAUUCUGGAUAAAGCAAGAUUUAGAGCACCAGAAAUCCUUUUCCGCCCACAAAUAAUGGGUUUAGAAUAUGACAGUGUUUCUGACAUGUGCUUUGAAAGCAUAUCUAAAGUGGAUCUAGAGUUAAGACCAAAGUUAUUUUCCUCCAUAAUAUUGAAUGGCGGUUCCACAAUGUUUCGUGGGUUUGGAGAUCGAUUAUUAAAGGAGUUACAAAUACGAACGGGUAAUAAGAAUUUAAUAAAGAUUAUAGCUCCACCCGAACGAAAAUAUACAUCGUGGAUAGGUGGGUCAAUACUGACAGGGUUGUCUACUUUUAAACAACUCUGGAUGACCAAGGCAGAAUGGCAGGAGGAUAAUAACCUCCGCUAUCGAUUUUGA